GACUGACAUCCUAGAGCGUCCUAGAUUGAUUUGGGAAUAACACCCUAUGUACCGUGAGUCCCUACUGGGGGUUGCCUUAGCGGCCACGCUGGAGGAAAUCUCAGAGAAGCAUCCUCUCACGCGGGAGCAAAAGGAGCACCUAUGGCGCAUCUUCGAUGAGACGAUGGACAGCUGUCUCUCGGAGGUUCCCGUCAUGUCUCGCAUCUGUGUGAAGAUGCCGAGUGGUAGGGCCUCUGCGGCCCCUGUCGCAGGUGAGCAGCAGGGGCCUGAGGGUCGCAGCUCGGAGGAAGGCCCGGCUGAGUGCCCUCAAGAAGGGGCCCCGCCCACUACCUCGCAGGCGGCCUGCGAAUCCUCUUCUCGAGUGGGGGAGGAGGAGGAUGCUACCGUUUUUCCGGUGUAUCGGAUGAUCGAUGGUUUGUGGACCAUUUUGCUGAAGGACCCGAUUGUGCAGGUGCGCGAUGAAUUCGGUACCGAGACGGAAGUCCAGCUUGACUAUCUAAAGGUGUAUUUAAAGGAUCCUCAGCGCCAGAGAAGAACACGACGAAAGCGCGAGUAG